AACAAAAACAAAGCAUUGGAAUCUAAUUUGUAUCACAACAUACUGCAGCACUCGAUAACAGACUAGCUCCAUGACAGGAUAUUUAACACAAUAGUAAUACAGUAUCGGCCUUGUGUUAACAUGAUAGUAAUACAGUAUCGUCCUUGUGUUAACAUGAUAGUAAUACAGUACCGGCCUUGUGUUAACAUGAUAGCAAUACAGUAUCAGACUUGUGUUAACAUGAUAGUAAUACAGUAUCGGCCUUGUGUUAACAUGAUAGUAAUACAGUACCGGCCUUGUGUUAACAUGAUAGUAAUACAGUAUCGGCCUUGUGUUAACAUGAUAGUAAUACAGUAUCGGCCUUGUGUUAACAUGAUAGUAAUACAGUAUCGGCCUUGUGUUAACAUGAUAGUAAUACAGUAUCGGCCUUGUGUUAACAUGAUAGUAAUACAGUAUCGGCCUUGUGUUAACAUGAUAGUAAUACAGUAUCGGCCUUGUGUUAACACGAUAGUAAUACAGUAUCAGCCUUGUGUUAACAUGAUAGUAAUACAGUAUUGGCCUUGUGUUAACAUGAUAGCAAUACAGUAUCGGCCUUGUGUUAACAUGAUAGCAAUACAGUAUCGGCCUUGUGUUAACAUGAUAUCAAUACAGUAUCAGCCUUGUGUUAACAUGAUAGUAAUACAGUAUCCGCCUUGUGUUAACAUGAUAGUAAUACAGUAUCGGCCUUGUGUUAACAUGAUAGUAAUACAGUAUCGGACUUGUGUUAACAUGAUAGUAAUACAGUAUCAGCCUUGUGUUAACAUGAUAACAAUACAGUAUCAGCCUUGUGUUAACAUGAUAGUAAUACAGUAUCAGCCUUGUGUUAACAUGAUAGUAAUACAGUAUCAGCCUUGUGUUAACAUGAUAGUAAUACAGUAUCGGCCUUGUGUUAACAUGAUAGUAAUACAGUAUCAGCCUUGUGUUAACAUGAUAGUAAUACAGUAUCAGCCUUGUGUUAACAUGAUAGCAAUACAGUAUCGGCCUUGUGUUAACAUGAUAGCAAUACAGUAUCAACCUUGUGUUAACAUGGUAGUAAUACAGUAUCAACCUUGUGUUAACAUGGUAGUAAUACAGUAUCAGCCUUGUGUUAACAUGAUAGUAAUACAGUAUCGGCCUUGUGUUAACACGAUAGCAAUACAGUAUCAGCUUUGUGUUAACAUGAUAGUAAUACAGUAUCGGCCUUGUGUUAACAUGAUAGUAAUACAGUAUCCGCCUUGUGUUAACAUGAUAGUAAUACAGUAUCCGCCUUGUGUUAACAUGAUAGCAAUACAGUAUCAGCCUUGUGUUAACAUGAUAGUAAUACAGUAUCAGCUUUGUGUUUAUAUAAGCUCCAUGUAUUAAGAAUAUAAUCCACAUCAAACAUCUUUUGUUAAAUCUGGUUUAGAUGCCUUAUCCAUAAUCUUGUAUAAUACUGAAGAGAUAGUUGAAUACAAUGGACUGUCUUUUAAAGAUAAAAUCACAAACUGUACAUGUACAUUGUAUCACAAGAAUGAUUUAUGUAUGUUUACAGACAAUUUCUAGAAUUCAGCAACAACUCAAAAUGGUUGGACAGUCAGAACAAAGAUCAAAGGAGUGGCUGAUAUACACUGUGCCUUUGACCUUGCAUAUAAUUUUCCUGCUUAGGAAAAUAGAUUAUGCAUUUAAAAUAUAUUGAAGUGUUUAUAAAAUAUUCAUUAGCAAUUAAUAAUCAUUUAAUAAGUUAGUACAAUUUACAUUGAAAUAUUUUUUGUAUUUUUCCACAAUAUACAAUCAAACCAUGAUAUCUGGAAGUCAUGAUCAAUGUGGUUGUUAAAGAACUUUUGAGAUAUUGCGUUAAACAUAUCCUACUAACACAUUAUUUUACCUUGGGAACUGAAUGUUUACUUUGAGUUAAGCAGUGUCUUUGAGUUAUCAGAGUGAGAUAUAACCAAGUUUGACUAUUAAACAGUGUUGUUCAUCCCAAAAGUGCAUGUUUUAAUUGUUUUCUGGGAGAGCCUUGUACAAAAUAACCAUACCACUUCUUCUUCAAUCUUCCUGUAUCAUCCACACCGAGUCUUUGUUCCCAAGCAUGCAGUGAAUCCAGAUAUUGGUAAAGGUAAGUACAAAA